AUGCAACAAAUUCUCUAUCAGAAUUACAAAGAGGCUGCCGGGUCGUUUAAAAACACACUGAAAAGUAAAGAAGUGCAGGAGGCAGUCUCCCUACACCCAGUGAAAGAUCCUGACUACCAGUAUCGCAUCUUUAAUUAUUUACGCUCUGUAAAAAUUAUGGGACAGUACCAGCGAGAGGUGCGUUUGCACCGGGACUUUGCUCUAAUGUCAGAUCUGAUCCAGGAUGGCAGAUUUCCGCUAGAGCCUACCCUGAGCAAGCCACCAUCUUUAACUAAAUUUCACCCACUGAACAGCAAAGAGGUAAUUCCUUGGGAGUUUGUGGCACGGUCCAUGUAUUCUCAGUUCAAUAACAACCCUCGCCGGGGCAUAGAGGACUCUCUGAAGGGAUCUCUGGAUGAGCUAGUGAGUCAAGUACUAAUGAAAGUGAACAAAAAUGCUCAUCUGCGAGGCCGGACAAUAGAUUUCAAGGAAAUUCAAUACGGUUAUAGAAGGUUAGAUCCUAUGCAUGGACCCGAUUAUAUCUUAGAUUUACUUCUUGUGUAUAGAAAAUACAGAGGUAGAAAGAUGUCGAUGAAUGUUCGCAGGCAUGCCUACCUGCAGCAGGCAUUUCUGCCAGUAGAAUUUCGAGAGGAUCCAGGUGUCAUUGAAAUAGAAGAUUCUGGAGUUGGAGCUAAAGUGAAAUCUUUGAUCCACCUGUUUGCUGGCAAUACAGUGUCACCUGCAGUUGUUAAUAAAAGGUCAGAACAUAUUGAUGUUAUAAUGCCUCUCAUGGGCAGGUUUAAAAUAUUUCAGAGGUUUAUGGACAAUGUGGAAAAUGUCAUUCUGAAGCCCAAAGCUAAUGCCAGGCUUGUUCUAGUUCUCUACAAGGCACAGGAUGAUCCAUCAGCUCACCAACAGACUCUAGACCUGGUUCAGCAGUACCGAGAGAAAUAUGGGCAGGAUUUCUCUAGAGGUCCUGGUCUUCAGCUAGGUGCUGAGAGAUGCAGCCAGGAUGCCCUUUUGUUCUUUAUAGAUGUUGACAUCAUUUUCACAGCUGCUUCCUUGGAAAGAGUUCGUUCUAAUACACACAGAGGCUCACAAGUGUAUUUUCCUAUUGUGUUCAGCCAGUUUGACCCAGAACCCGUGUGCUACGCUGGUUCUCCUCACUGUAACUGCAAAGCGGCAGAAUGUGUCCUCAAGGAAGAGGAUGUCACUGAGGCAGCCGGCUACUGGAGACAGUUUGGUUUUGGCAUUGCUGCAAUGUACCGCAGUGACUACCACAAAGUCGGUGGGUUUGACCUCAGCAUUCGUGGAUGGGGAAAGGAAGAUGUAGAUCUGUAUACAAAAUUUAUAGAAAAUAAUUAUGUCAUCUUCCGGGCCGUUGACACAGGCAUGACACACAUAUUUCACACUAUCCAGUGCAGUGAAUCUCUGGAAAGUGCUCAACUUAUCAUGUGCAUCAACACGAAAGCCCAAAGCUAUGCUUCCACAUCCCUUUUAGCCAACCAGAUCCACAGCAACCCAGAUAUUCUACGCCGUCUUGAAGUACAUUAUAUAAACCGUGGCUCUUAG